UGUGUGGGACAUGGCCAAGGUACCCCAAGGCCUGGAGGGCGUCACGCACGUGUUCACGUUCUGGCAGGGCAUCCCCGCCUCAGCAAAGGAUGCGCUGGGGGCCAUGUUUGCGGCCUCGUCCACAACCGUGGGCAUUGCGGUCGUGGACAAAGGAGCAGGAGUGCUCAUGGAGCGGCAGCUAGGACAGCACGGGUUUGGGCCACUGGAGCUGGUGAAGCAGUUUGCUGUGCGCAUGUACGGCAGCAACUCCCAGAAGCAAGUGUGGGUGUUCAAGAAGCCCGGCGCAGUGUACAGGGAGCUGCCGGAGGAGAAGCUGGUGGACUACGCCCCCUACGUCCACCAGCCGCACCUGCCCGUCCCCCCGCGCAUUGAGUGGAUGCACGCGCUGUACCAGGCGGCGCUGGCGGAGGAG